AUGGAGCGCUCAUCGCCCGACGGGCCGCUGAACGCGUCGGGGGCGCUGGCGGGCGAGGCGGCGGCGGCGGCGGCGGGCGGGGCGCGCGGCUUCUCCGCCGCCUGGACCGCGGUGCUGGCGGCGCUCAUGGCGCUGCUCAUCGUGGCCACGGUGCUGGGCAACGCGCUGGUCAUGCUCGCCUUCGUGGCGGAUUCGAGCCUCCGCACGCAAAACAACUUCUUUCUGCUCAACCUCGCCAUCUCCGACUUCCUCGUGGGGGCAUUCUGCAUCCCACUCUAUGUGCCCUACGUGCUGACCGGUCGCUGGCCCUUCGGCCGGGGCCUCUGCAAGCUGUGGUUGGUGGUGGACUACCUGCUCUGCACCUCCUCUGUCUUCAAUAUCGUGCUCAUCAGCUAUGACCGCUUCCUGUCGGUCACCCGAGCCGUCUCUUACCGGGCCCAGCAGGGUGACACACGGCGGGCGGUGCAGAAGAUGGUGCUGGUGUGGGUGCUGGCCUUCCUGCUCUAUGGACCCGCCAUCCUGAGUUGGGAGUACCUGUCUGGUGGCAGCUCCAUCCCCGAGGGCCACUGCUAUGCCGAGUUCUUCUACAAUUGGUACUUCCUCAUCACGGCCUCCACCCUCGAGUUCUUCACCCCUUUCCUCAGCGUCACCUUCUUCAACCUCAGCAUCUACCUGAACAUCCAGAGGCGCACCCGUGUCCGGCUGGAUGGAGUGCGUGAGGCAGCCACCACCGAGCUUCCGCCCGAGGCCCAGCCCUCUCCACCGCCUGCCGCACCCAGCUGCUGGGGAUGCUGGCAGAAAGGGUGCGGGGAAGCCGUGCCGCUGCACAGGUAUGGGGUGGGGGUCAGCGAGGUGACCCCGGGCCCUGAGGCAGGGGAGGUGGCCCUUGGGGGUGGUAGCGGUGGGGGUGCUGCGGCCUCGCCCACCUCCAGCUCCGGCAGCUCCUCAAGGGGCACUGAGAGGCCUCGCUCACUCAAGCGUGGCUCCAAGCCGUCCGCAUCCUCGGCGUCCCUGGAGAAGCGCAUAAAGAUGGUAUCCCAGAGCAUCACCCAGCGCUUCCGGCUCUCACGGGACAAGAAGGUGGCUAAGUCGCUGGCCGUCAUCGUGAGCAUCUUUGGGCUCUGUUGGGCCCCCUACACACUCCUGAUGAUCAUUCGGGCCGCCUGCCAUGGCCACUGCAUCCCCGACUACUGGUACGAGACGUCCUUCUGGCUGCUGUGGGCCAACUCGGCCGUCAACCCCAUCCUCUACCCGCUGUGCCACUAUAGCUUCCGCCGGGCCUUCACCAAGCUGCUCUGCCCUCAGAAGCUCAAGAUCCAGCCCCACAGCUCCCUGGAGCACUGCUGGAAGUGA